CAAUAGAUGAUGUUCAUUUAUUAACGUCAAUUAAUAUGCCUUAGCGCUGCAUUUUGUAAUAUUACCUUCAGUAAUGGUAGACUAGAACAAAAAUUGCUUAGUUGUAAAGUCAAAAGAAUUUGUUGCUGGUGAUUUAAUCUGUGGAGCUUGAUUGAAAAUUAUCAAAUCUUUAUCGUGAGGAGGGUGGAAGAGGAGUAAAAUGGCUUUAGAACCCGACUUGAAGUCAGAUUGUAUAGAGAAACAAGAGGUCCAUGUGGAGUACUUUGUAAAUGAACAGUCAAUAAAGGAGCGGUUACAUCUGUACUUUAUAAAAAAUCAACGAUCAACUCUUCGAAUUCGACUUAUAAAUUGUUUUUUUAAACUACUGACCGUAGUGUUGUAUCUAGUCCGUGCAAUUGCAGAUGAUGAACCCAAAGCUGCAGGCAAACAUUGUUUUAACAUCGUAGCAGACAGUUGUAAAUCAACUGCAGAAAAAUGUAUUUAUUGGCCAGCUAUUUUAUGUGUGGAUCGGGAGGAUUGGAUGUAUGGGUUGCAGUGUGCCUUAGCAAUUAUCAAUCUCCUUCAAGUUCUGCUUUUACUGUUUUUAAAUUACAAGGGAAAUAUCUUACAACAAAUAAUGAGUGUGAGCAUGGUACUAGAAGCAAUUACUUCAAUACCUUUCGUCAUCACGAUUGUGUACCCCCCAAGUCAUGAUCUGUUUGUCCCUGUGUUCCUAAACUGCUGGUUAGCAAAGGAACUCUUGGAAAACUUGUUUAAUGAUCUACAUCGUGUCAUGCAGCGUCACCACUCAGCAUUAACACAGCAAGUUUUCAUCCUAAUUGUAACAAUUCUUUGUCUGAUUAUUACAUGUGCAUGUGGCAUCCAUCAUCUGGAAAGGGCAGGCCAAUCUGAUAUGAGUGUGUUUGAGGCACUUUAUUUCACUGUUGUAACCUUUUCUACCGUGGGAUAUGGCGAUAUCAAAGUAGAAAUAUGGCCAUCACAAUUGUUUGUUAUUUUAAUGAUUGCAGCUGCUCUUGUCGUUUUACCUGUACAGAUGGAAAAGAUGGCAUUGUUACUGAUCGAGAAGCAAAAACAAGGUGGCACAUACAGCAACCACCGUGCACGUACAGAGAAGCAUGUUGUCGUCUGCGCUUCAAUGCUUCACUAUGACCUUGUGAAUGAUUUUUUGAAUGAAUUUUAUGCACAUGCUCACUUACAGGAUUUCUUUGUGGUGUUAUUGACUCCAUGCGAGUUGGAACCUACUGUAAAGUGGCUCUUACAAGUUCCUCUGUGGUCGCAGAGGGUAAUCUAUAUCCAGGGGUCAGCUUUGAAGGACAUUGACCUCGUCAGAUGCAGAAUGGACCAGGCCGAAGCAUGUUUCAUACUCUCGCCAAGGAACAAGAUGGAUCGUAUUGAAGCGGCCUUGCUCAAAAAUUGGAAGCGCAAAAAACGGCUUAGUGAAAAAUUGGAGUCGAUUAUUAAUCGUUCCUACCGGGAUCGAGCCGACCAACAAACAAUCUUAAGGACUUGGGCCGUGAAGGACUUUGCACCAAAUAUUCCACUUUAUGUCCAGAUCAUGAAGCCAGAGAACAAGUUCCAUGUCCAAUUUGCAGACCAUGUUGUGUGUGAAGAUGAAUUUAAAUAUGCAUUACUGGCCAAUAAUUGUCUUUGUCCAGCGACUUCCACGUUUGUUACCUUGCUAAUACACACAUCAAGAGGAGUUGAGGGAGAGACUGCAAGUUCCCAGUGGCAGAAGAUCUAUGGCCGAUGUUCUGGAAAUGAAAUUUACCAUAUUCAGCUGAAACAAAGCCAAUUUUUCGGAGAAUACGAAGGAAAAAGUUUUACAUUUGCAACAUUUAAUGCACAUAAAAAGUAUGGAGUAUCGUUAAUUGGCAUCAAACGGCAGGAUUGCAAUGCUGACCUGCAGCUGAAUCCAGGGCCUAAGCACAUCCUAAAGGACACUGACACAUGUUAUUAUAUGAACAUUACAAAGGAGGAAUACUCUGCAUUCAUCCUCGCCCACCCACGAGAGGAGAAGGAAAAAUUAGAGAAGAAAGACAGCAAGUCAUCAUCUCCCACAGUCGGUGAUCCAAAUGUGUCCAAGUUGGAGAGUGCCAUCUGUAGUGUUGGUACCCUAGCUUUAGAGAUGCAUCAUUACGGCCCGAAUAAUAGUACCGGUGAAUCACCGGAGAAACAACGCACAGAACCAACGGGUCAGGAAAACCCUGGCAAUGCUACAUACCACUUUGACGACGAUGUUGAAAGUCAUUUCAGCUAUGAUUUAGAUCAUGAUGAUGAUGACGAUAGUAAUAGUGGUGGUGGAACUUUACCAAUUGAGAUGCGUGAACAAAAUAACCACCCAACAUACGAGAGGUCUACUCUGCAAGUCCCGUCAGGAGAUCGCCAUCUUCUGAUGCCACCACCUGCCGGAGAGGAGAAUGUAUCAAGUGAUGCCCCUCCUAUAGGAGCACGCCGUCAACGAAGGCCAUCAAUAAUGCCGGUGUCGGAGAUGAUAAUGGCAGACAAUUCUCCGCUUCGGGAUCAUAAGCCACUAUAUGCUCAUAAGGAGGUGCAGGAUGAAUCCGAGGACACUUGGGAGGAGGGAGAAAAGUGGACAAAGGGUUACCCUCCUGUGAUGCCAUAUAUUGGCUACUCUCCUAUGAUGUGUCAUUUGUUGGAAACGCCCAAACCACAUUGUUGCUUAGAACUUGACAAACCUUGUGAUCACAAGUCGUGGACUCACGCUGGGGAGUACAAUUGGCCGAACAACAACAUUAUCAUCGCAGCAGAGUAUGCAGCACAAGGAAUGGUGAACUUCAUUGUACCACUGAGGGCGCACUUCAGACCUAAGCACACUCUUAAGCCUAUAAUUAUUAUGGUGGAGAAAAGUGUCGAUAAUAAUUUCCUGGAGUGUAUUUCUUCCUUCCCUAUGGUAUACUUCAUGAUUGGAUUAUUAGAAAGCUUGGAUGACUUGUUAAGAGCUGGAAUGCUUCAGUCUGACACGGUAGUUGUGGUCGACAGAGAAAGUUCAAAGUUAGCUGAGGAGGACUACAUGGCAGAUGCAAACCAAAUUGUGGCGGUGCAGACGAUGUUCAGAUUGUUUCCAAGUACCACUAUCAUCACUGAGUUAACACAUGCUGCUAACAUGCGAUUUAUGCAGUUCAGAGCCAAGGAUUUCUAUGCACUUCGCAUGGCUGAGAAACAGAAGCUUGAGAAAGAGAAAGGCUCAAAUAUUUCAUACAUGUUUCGUCUGCCAUUUGCUGCUGGCAAUGUCUUCAGUGCGAGUAUGCUGGAUACAAUGCUAUACCAGUCAUUUGUGAAGGACUAUGCAAUAAGCAUUGUGCGUCUCCUACUUGGAUUGGACCAGGCUACAAAUUCUGGCUAUCUUUGUGAGUUGCCAAUAACACCAGAAGAUUUGUGGAUAAGGACAUAUGGGCGCCUUUACCAGAAGCUCUGCUCAACGUCCCAUGAGAUUCCUAUUGGAAUUUACAGAACAGUUGGACAAGCUGAUAACAAAUCAGAAUGUUCAUUGCCAAUGGAAGAUGAUGAUAGCUUACAAGGUUUUAGUGGAGAAAGGAAGGAAUUGGCAAAUAUGGUGCGAAUAAAAAUGAAGAAGCUUGAUCUACCGGAAGAAGAAUAUGAUUCUGAAGUUAGUGACAAGCGAAACAAGAUUUCAUAUGUAAUCAUCAAUCCAAGUUUUGAUAUGAAGUUGGAGGUUGAUGACAUAAUAUACCUAAUCAAGCCAGCUGGAGGCCCAAAGACACCGUCCCCGAUGCCACCACGACGCAAGUUCAGCAGUCGGAGAAAAACAACUCACCAAAGAUUCCGAGCAGAGCCUCAGGGAAGUAAUGUCGACACAAAGUUAUAGUGGCCAGUGGUACACAAUUUUACUGUUACAAGAAGAAUUUUUGUAUUUUUUGCUAAUUACAAAUAUAAUGACGAUGUAUAACCUACUGAUGUGGCUUGUUUUGAGUUUUGAUCAUUUUAUGAAAAUUAAGAGAUUUGCUAUAAGAUAGGAGAAAGUAAAAUGUUAAGGUAUGAUAUUUUGUCAUAAUCUAAUACAAUAAAAUAUGAAUAAUGAAACAAUUAAGUAUGAAAAAUCCACAAGUUACAUAGAGUGUAUACAUAUUAUACACACAUGAGACUGAUGAAUCAUGAAUGUGCUUUUUACAGGAAGGGAUCAAGUAAUGUUACAGAAUAUUGAAGUCUACCACAAUAAUAGUUUUCAGUUUGGCAAAGUUUACAUUGAUUAUCUGAUAUUAGUUUCAUAAUAUACAGAUAGUCAAAGUAAUAAUCACAUAUAAUGUGAACACAAAGAAUCGUUUGUUCAUAUACAGGCCCUGUCCAGCAGACUAUUGACAUUUGGCAGAAACAUGACAUGCCUAUAUAUGGUCAUGAUGACAUCACAUCAUGACCAUAUAUAGGUACAUCAUGACUAUAUAUGGGCAAGAUACAGUUUGAUAAUCUGGACAGAGUAACAAAUGUGUUUCCAACUCAGAGGAUAACAUUUAUUACUAAUGUCAAUUUAAUGUGCCAUAUUUUACAAUUGUCUUACUCUUUAUUUGCCCAAAGCAUAUUAUAGUGUAUUUAAUUUGUAUUUUGAUAUUCUAUAGAAGAUUUAUAGGUGCAAUUAAUCUUUCAGAAAAUCAAUAUAUAGAAAUUUUUAAAAUAUAUGAAUUGAAAUUAUGAAAUGUUUAAUGAUUGACAUAUAAUACAUUCAAGAAUUUCGCUUUUCGUUUACAGUGAUGCAUAUAAACUAUACAGAUAAAUUUGUUAAAAUUAAGAUUCUUAUCAUGGUAAAAUGAAAUCAAUUAAUUUUUAAGAAAUGUUGGUUGAUUAACUUGCAUAACCAGUAUUUAUUCAGAUUUCUGCUUAUAGGAAGAGUUUUUUUUUUUUGUAUAUCUAUGAAGAUUAUGCAAAUGCAAUAUUUUCUACAUUUUUUAAAAGUAGUAAUCUGGUGCUUUCUUUCACUAGAAGUUGUAUAAACAUUAAAGCCCUGUCCAGACUAUCAAAUUUUAUUUGACAAAAAAAUGUGACAUGACUAAAUAUGGUCAUGAUGACAUCACAUGACCAUAUAUAGGCACAUCAUGACUAUAUAUGGGCACAUCAUGACCAUAUAUAGGCACAUCAUGACCAUAUAUAGGCACAUCAUGACUAUAUAUGGGCAUACAACAGUUUUUUGUCAAAUAAAAUUUGAUAGUGUGGACAAAGCUAGAAAGUCUCAGUUGAACUGAGAAGUGCAGGUAUUCAUUUGAAAUGAAUGAAAGGUGUUUCUGUGUUUCUUUUUCAAAAUUGGUAUAGAAAUUAAUGUUGAGGGUAUGGAAAAAAGUAUUACAGAAUUAGAAUGUGUAUAUAAUAUAUCUAAAUGUGUCAUUAUCUCUUUAGUAAAAUAUAUGUAUAUACUUGCAAAUGCAUUCCCAUGUUAUGAUAUAUUGAUAUUAUGAUUAUCAUAAUCAAAAACGUUAUUUCAUGUCUUUCUCUGUUAUAUAUCUUUAGGCUAUUUCUCUCAUUUCUUCCGUUUUGCCUUGAAAAUGUAAAAUGAAAUAUUUAUAUAAUCAUUUUAUGCAAAGAAAUUUAUCUGAAUCUCAUAUUGUUUGAGUAAUAGAGAUAUAUUUUAGAAUGUGAUUAACUAGCUUCCUAAUUUUAUUCUAAGGUCAACAAUUGAAAGCAAACAUAAUGGAUGAUUUUAUAUGGAUGAUGGGGAUAAUGUUAAUGGUGAUGAUACUUUAGGUUAAUAUCUUAAAGGGAACUUUUAAAUGGAACUUUUAUUUCUUUUUCCUACCAACAUUUAUAAUGUGUUACCCUGGUCACAGUAUGCUGAUGUGCAAUCUUAAAUUGCUGCAUUACUCAAUGUUUUACAUCAUGCAGGUACCCAUUUUUAUCUCCUGGCUUGGGAGAGGGAAGCUAGAUAAAGUGCCUUGAACAAAGACGUAAGUAGCGUGACCAGUGUUAGGACUGGCGACCAUACAUUUGGAAGCCAAACCACUUACAACUCUCUGUCACAUGCUUUCAUCAAGCAUGUUGCCUUUCCAAACAGUUCUUGCUGAAACUUGAAUCUGUAGAAUUAAUAUUUCGUCACUGAAAUUAAUAUUGUUCUACUGAGCAUGUUUCAUAGAGUAAUAAUAGGCCUACUACCUGUCGCAGGCGAUGAUUAUGGUUAUGAUGUCAUGAUGAUCACGAUAAUGACGUUCUGAGAUAUUCACCAUUUUAGUCUUAUUACUACUAUAGUCGCAGUAGUAAUUUGCAGAACAUAAUAAACCAUCAUCAUUUGUUUGAUGGUGACAUAUACUUGAUUCGUCAAUAGGUUGACGGGUUGAUCUUGGUUAUUUGGAUGUUUACAUACACAUAUACUGAGGAACCCGACAGAUGUGCGUCGAUCAUCAUUGAAUAAUGAUUUUGUAUGUGCUUUGCAGUACUUGGAUUUUGAAACUUGUUGAAAGUAGAUCUAGAAUAUCUUUUGUUGAUUAAUCGUUAGUUUUUGAUAGCUGCAGGAUUCUGCUGUCAUUUCCUUUAUGUAUUCAAAAUUCAGAUUUAUCGGGAGGAUUUUCGCAUGGUGCUAUAGAGUUUAUAUACGAUUGCCGCACUUAAUUGGUCAAGGUGCUGGUGGGAACUCCAUUGGUUGAUGACUUGAUUUUUGACAAGUUAAAUCUGAGACCAAGGAAUUGGGUAUUUUGCAACUUUUUGUACAAAUAAUUUUAUAACUUGAGAUGUAAAUGUUACUUUAUUUAUUAGAUUUUUUAAUGUACUUAGGAGAUUAAAACUCUCACUGAAAAUUAACACUUAACAGUUUUUUGAAAAUUUCACUCAAGAGAAAACUGUUAUUCUGGUAUGGCGUCUAGUAUUAACAGACGCAUUGAUUGGGUUUAAGUAACAUAAAAUUAACGUUUAUACUCCGAAGAAUGUAUCUGAGUAUACACUUGGUCACUAAUGUCCUAGUAGGCCUAUUGUUGGACUGGCAACGGUCAAUUGUGAUGUUAUAUUUGGAAAAAAAAAGUUUUAAGGUACAGAUUAUUACAUAUGUAACGAAUAAUUCAGACUAAUUAAUUACCACAAGGGCAAACUUUUGCAUAACUGGUGAACAUUUUGAACGGAGUCAGUGGACUAACGAAUCAUGUGCAGUGGGUCAUUUUAAUUUGAGUUACUGUAUCCCAGUGCGAUGGAUAUGCUCUAGUUGAUUAAUUAAUUACUACUUAAAAUGUUAAGAUAUAUCACCAAUACCAGUUAAUAUUGUGAUAUAGUAUAGGCCUGUAAAAGACUUACGGGCUUAUGAUUAUAUAUACAUUUCAUAGUCUUGUAGAAAUAAGGGAAACUGAAAAUAUUUUAAACGUCGAUUUUGAGAUGCAUCGUUUUGAGGAAUAUAUUGCCACCAGAGGGCGUUUUCAUAAAGUGCAAUUUUAGUAAUCUGAGAGAUUACUCAUAAUGGUCUUGUAUUCAUAUUCGAAUUUGGAAACCUUGCCUGUUGUGUAUUCUAGAAAAUUGUAUGAGCUACCACGAUAUUCAUCAUAUGUAUCGUCACAUAAUUUGUAAUUGUGAUCGUUGCUUACAACUCAAUUUGAGAUGAAAUAUAGUUGGAAUUAUAUUGUUUAUUUAUAAGUAUUCCGUUUUUGAAUUUAUUGAACGUGACACAGUUUGCUUCAAAGUAAUUGCACCAAAGAUGUUCAAAUUACCUGUGUUUGACAGCAUAAAUGUGUAAUGUGUUUUUUAUUUAUAAGAAAAAUGCUAGCAAACAGCUUUCGUAAAUGUACUUGGUACUUUAAUUUCUGUAGCUCAAAAUUUGAUAUAUGUGAUUUAUUUCAUUAAAUUAUCAUACCACUCGUGGUCAAACUA